AAAUUUAUAGUAUUUGAAGUAACACUACUAACAGACAUGAAUCGUCUUGUAUCAUUUUAAAGUCGAUCAUUUAUUAGGUGCAUGAUUAUUGUUUAUUGUUAUCAAUAUAACGUGUAAUAUUUUAUUAGCUUGUUUCUUCGAUCAUAUACUUAACAUUAUAACAACAUCGCAUUCUAUUCGAAUCGUUUUAAAUGGCUGACGAAACUGACGAGUUUCCGCCCAAUGUACUCAGUAUACUGGAGACCGCUUCGAAAGAAAUACUGAGCAAACAGGACGGAUGUUAUUUUACGGUGGAUAACUCAACCAACGAAGAUGUUAAUGAUAAGUUUUUUUAUAACUCAGACGAGCUGGCAGAAUUUAUUAACUUCGAUAUGAUUGGAGAAGAAAAUGACGAUGUGGAAGCUUUUAACCACCUCAUUACUGAUGAAAACUACCAAGAUCUAACUGGCGAUCGCAAGGUGUUAAAAAUAUUACAGGAACAAGGAAUUGGUCAAGUUGUACCUGAAAACUAUGUAGUUUUUAUACAUUAUAUUGCUUAUAUAUCAAACCUUCAAGAACCAUUUGAUGUUACAUAUAUUCAAGGAAGACGACCAAAAAAAUUUACAUUGGGUAAUGGUGAACUCAUACCAGGAUUAGAAAUGGGUAUAAAAACAAUGACUACGGGUGAACACGCAAGGUUUAUAAUAAAGCCAGAAUUAGCUUACAAAGAAUUAGGAUGCCCACCUCGCAUACCACCAAAGGCAACUAUUCUAUUUGAUGUCCAUCUUGUUUCCUUUUUAUCGCCUGAAAAUAUCUUAAUCUUUGACAGAGAAAAUCGUGAUCCUAACUUGUUUAAUAAAACUCUUGUACAAGUUAAAAAAUUACAUUUUGAAGCUAAUGAACAAUUUAAACUUAAGAAUAUGGAAAAAGCUAUAUAUAAGUAUAACAGAGCACUGGAACUACUGCAUUUAGCUGGAUGCAAAAAUAACAAUGAAGAAAUAGAAAUGAUGAAAUAUUUGAAUAAAUUUUAUACAAAUUUAAGCUUAUGCUAUUUAAAGCAAUGUGCUUUUAAUAAAGUAUGUCGUAUGGGUAUGGAGGCAAUGAAAUAUUCAGAAAGGUUUUCUAAACGCUCUGUAAAAUUAUUUUUUAACUGGGGUAAAGCAUUACGCUUACUUAAAAAUUUUACAGAAGCAAAGAAAAAGAUUCAAAUUGCACUGAAACUUGAACCUCAAAAUGAAACAAUACAUGAUGAAAAUUAUAAAUUAGAAAAAGAUCAAAAAUUUCAUCAUAACAUUGAGUUAAUUACAUUUAAAGAUGAAAAUAAUGCUGACGAUAAUGAAAGGUUGGCUCCUGAAUUUUGGGAAGUAUUCAAUACACGUUUAAUCGAGUUUUAUAAUGGUGAGGAUGAUGUAUUAACAGUUAUGUUAAACAAAAACCCAGAUGACUUUGAAGUAGUUAAAAAUAAAGCAAGUACUUAUGGCCUACAAGUUCACUUUAUCACAAAAGCUGGUGUUCAGACAAAUUGUAUUGCUAUCCAAAAAUAACUAAUUGUUAAAGUUAAUUUAAUUUAAUUUCUAAAUUAAAAAUUGUCAAAGAUUCUUAUUUUUU